AUGGCCAAUUUCUGGCCCCAUCUUCUGUAUGCCUUGGCAAUAUGCUUGAUUGCCACCAAUGUAGCGGCAUAUGAUAAGCCAUACACAUAUGCAUCCCCUCCUCCCCCACCCUAUGUCUACAAAUCCCCUCCUCCGCCACCCUACGUUUAUAAGUCUCCACCCCCACCACCAUACAUUUACAAAUCCCCUCCGCCACCACCUAAGUACUAUUAUAAAUCACCACCUCCACCACCUAAAUACUACUACAAGUCUCCUCCCCCCCCUCCUAAAUACUACUACAAGUCGCCACCACCGCCACCAAAGUACUACUACAAGUCACCCCCUCCUCCACCAAAGUACUACUACAAGUCUCCACCACCACCUAAGUACUAUUACAAGUCUCCACCUCCUCCAUCACCUUCACCUCCUCCGCCUUAUGUCUACAGCUCUCCUCCACCACCUCCUUAUGUCUACAAGUCUCCACCACCACCUCCUUAUGUUUACAAGUCCCCACCUCCACCAUCUUAUGUUUAUAGCUCUCCGCCACCACCUCCUUACGUCUACAAGUCCCCUCCUCCUCCAUCACCAUCACCUCCCCCACCUUAUGUUUACAGCUCUCCACCACCACCUCCUUAUGUCUAUAAGUCCCCUCCUCCGCCGCCUUAUGUCUACAAGUCUCCACCACCGCCUCCUUACGUCUACAAGUCCCCUCCUCCUCCAUCACCAUCACCUCCCCCACCUUAUGUCUACAGCUCUCCACCACCCCCUCCUUACGUCUACAAGUCCCCUCCUCCUCCAUCACCAUCACCUCCCCCACCUUAUGUCUAUAGCUCGCCACCACCACCUCCUUAUGUCUAUAAGUCCCCUCCUCCGCCGCCUUAUGUCUACAAGUCUCCACCACCGCCUCCUUACGUCUACAAGUCCCCUCCUCCUCCAUCACCAUCACCUCCCCCACCUUAUGUCUAUAGCUCGCCACCACCACCUCCUUAUGUCUAUAAGUCCCCUCCUCCGCCGCCUUAUGUCUACAAGUCUCCACCACCGCCUCCUUACGUCUACAAGUCCCCUCCUCCUCCAUCACCAUCACCUCCCCCACCUUAUGUCUAUAGCUCGCCACCACCACCUCCUUAUGUCUAUAAGUCCCCUCCUCCGCCGCCUUAUGUCUACAAGUCUCCACCACCGCCUCCUUACGUCUACAAGUCCCCUCCUCCUCCAUCACCAUCACCUCCCCCACCUUAUGUCUAUAGCUCGCCACCACCACCUCCUUAUGUCUAUAAGUCCCCUCCUCCGCCGCCUUAUGUCUACAAGUCUCCACCACCGCCUCCUUACGUCUACAAGUCCCCUCCUCCUCCAUCACCAUCACCUCCCCCACCUUAUGUCUAUAGCUCGCCACCACCACCUCCUUAUGUCUAUAAGUCCCCUCCUCCGCCGCCUUAUGUUUACAGCUCUCCACCUCCGCCUCCUUACAUCUACAAGAGUCCUCCUCCUCCAUCACCUUCACCUCCUCCGCCUUAUGUCUACAGCUCUCCACCACCACCUCCUUAUGUUUACAAGUCUCCACCACCACCUCCCUACGUUUAUCAAUCUCCGCCUCCUCCUCCAUAUGUUUACAAAUCCCCUCCACCUCCACACACUCAGCUUCUCAAAAUGGCCAACUUUUGGCCCCAUCUUCUGUAUACCUUGGCAAUAUGCUUGAUUGCCACCAAUGUAGCGGCAUAUGAUAAGCCUUACACAUAUGCAUCCCCUCCUCCUCCGCCCUAUGUCUACAAAUCCCCUCCUCCGCCGCCCUAUGUCUACAAGUCUCCACCUCCGCCGCCAUACAUUUACAAAUCCCCUCCGCCACCACCCAAGUACUACUACAAGUCUCCUCCCCCACCUCCUAAAUACUACUACAAGUCACCACCUCCACCUCCUAAAUACUAUUACAAGUCACCUCCCCCUCCACCUAAAUAUUACUACAAGUCUCCGCCACCACCACCUAAAUACUACUACAAGUCUCCACCGCCUCCUCCUAAGUAUUAUUACAAAUCACCACCACCGCCACCGAAAUACUACUACAAGUCGCCGCCACCGCCACCAAAGUACUAUUACAAGUCACCCCCUCCUCCACCAAAGUACUACUACAAGUCUCCACCACCACCACCUAAGUACUAUUACAAGUCUCCACCUCCUCCUCCUUAUGUCUACAAUUCUCCUCCACCACCUCCUUAUGUCUAUUCUCAACUUUCAAUACCUCCUUAUGUCUAUAAGUCCCCUCCUCCGCCGCCUUAUGUUUACAGCUCUCCACCUCCACCUCCUUACAUCUACAAGUCUCCACCACCACCUCCAUAUGUCUACAAGUCCCCUCCUCCUCCAUCACCAUCACCUCCCCCACCUUAUGUUUACAGCUCUCCACCACCACCUCCAUAUGUCUACAAGUCCCCUCCUCCUCCGCCUUAUGUUUACAGCUCUCCACCUCCACCUCCUUACAUCUACAAGUCUCCACCACCACCUCCAUAUGUGUACAAGUCCCCUCCUCCUCCGCCUUAUGUUUACAACUCUCCACCACCGCCUCCUUAUGUUUACAAGUCUCCGCCACCACCUCCUUACGUCUACAAGUCCCCUCCUCCUCCAUCACCAUCACCUCCCCCGCCUUAUGUCUACAGCUCGCCACCACCACCUCCUUAUGUCUAUAAGUCCCCUCCUCCGCCGCCUUAUGUUUACAGCUCUCCACCUCCGCCUCCUUACAUCUACAAGAGUCCUCCUCCUCCAUCACCUUCACCUCCUCCGCCUUAUGUCUACAGCUCUCCUCCACCUCCUCCUUAUGUUUACAAGUCUCCACCCCCACCUCCCUACGUUUAUCAAUCCCCGCCUCCUCCUCCAUAUGUUUACAAAUCCCCUCCACCUCCACAUCACUACUAA